AGAACAGCACAGCAUUGAUGCUGUCGACGACUGCAUUCAUGAAACAGCCAUGACGAGCAAACAUGACCCUGACCAGGUCACCUAUCCUCUCAAUGUAGCACAGGAGGCAGCCGUGAUUGGAGGAGUCUCCGCCAUCCCCGGCACCGCAUACGGCGCCUUCUACGGCACCCUCCGCACCCAAACCCCCGCCCUCUUCGCCAUCGUCUCCGGCGCACAAUGGUUCGCAAUCGGCAGCACCUUCUGGGGGAUCCGCACCGCCCUCCUAAACCGCACCGGCCUGCAAAACUGGUGGUACUCGACGCGCGGCGCCCCGCUCCUCACCCGCUCAGACCUACACCCCUCGCCCUCAGACAAAGUGCGCGCCUCCACCAUCUCCGGCGCACUCACAGGCUUCAACCUCGGCUUCCUGUUCCGCGGCCCGCGCAACGUCAUCCCGGGGACUAUCAUGUUCACACUGUAUGGCUGGGCGGGCCAGCACGGGUAUAAUUUUCUCGAUAUGAGGAACUCGCGUGGUUUGGAGCAGCAGGCGCAGAUGAAGGAACGGGGUGAGGAUAGGCCGAGGGAGACGCUUGUGCAUAGGUUUGCGAAGAGCAAGUGGAGUCCUAUGAGCGUGCUUAGCGAUGAGGAGUAUGUUAGGAUGAUGCAGGAGAAGGUUCUUAAGGUCGAGGCGGAGAUUGCUAUGAUUGAUGAUCGGAUCGAGGGGUUUCGGAAGAGGGCGGGUGAGCUGGAGAUGCAGCAGGUGCAGCAAGAGCGGGCGCAGGAGAAGAAGUGAGAAUGUAGGGAGGUUUAUCCUUUUCGUUCAUAGACGUGUAUCUUUGUACAACCACUUGUGGUACUCGACUUCCUCGCAAGCACUUUGCUGCUUGUCUUAAA